AUGAGGCAGAACGUUGAAGUUUUGCAUGGAUUGAAGCCAGUGAUGCUAAUGCUGGUGGUUCAGAUUGUAUAUGCUGGCAUGAAUAUCUUGUACAAAUUGGCUGCAAAUGAUGGGAUGAAUUUAAGGGUUCUUGUUGUCUACCGCUAUAUCUUUUCCACAGCUUUCAUUGUCCCUCUUGCUCUAAUUGUAGAAAGGAAGAGCAGGCCAAAACUGACAUGGGCAGUACUCUCUCAAGCAUUUCUUUGUGGGUUCUUCGGGGUACUGUUACCUCAGAACUUGUAUUUGGAAGGCUUGGCACUAACUUCUGCAACAUUUGUUGUCGCCAUGUCUAACCUCAUACCUGCUUUCACGUUGAUACUGGCCGUCCUUUUUAGGUUAGACAAAUUGGAGCUAAUCACACAGAUAGGGAGGGCAAAGGUGCUUGGAAUAUUAACAGGAAUAGCUGGGGCGAUGAUUCUGACAUUCUACAAAGGUGCUGAAAUUAACAUUUGGUCAACAAAUAUUCACCUUCUGAAACAUAAUCAUCAGCAUCAGAAUAGCCACACAGGCAAUCGUCCCAUUCUGGGCUCCUCCUUGACACUGGCCAGCUGCAUCUCGUUUGCCUUGUGGUUGAAUAUUCAGGCGAAGCUGAGUAAGAGAUAUCCAUGCCCUUAUUCAAGCACAGCACUGGUAUCUGUAAUGGGAUUAAUUCAAUGUCUCACUUUGUCUGCAUGCAUGGAGAGAAAUUGGAAGCAAUGGAUAUUGGGUUGGAAUAUUAGGCUCCUUACUGCAACUUAUGGGGGGAUCGCGAGUUCUGGACUGACUGGAAUCUUGAUAGUUUGGUGCCUCCACAUCAGAGGUCCAGUAUUUGCGACCAGUUUUAGCCCCGUAGCUCUUGUGCUCGUAGCCAUCAUGGGUUCUUUCAUUCUGGGAGAAAAGCUUCACCUUGGAAGCAUUCUAGGAGCAGUGGUAAUUCUAUGCGGAUUGUACAUGUUGCUUUGGGGUCAAACGGAGGAAAUAAAGGAAAAGGCAAAACUGGUGUCAAUACUGGAGGAGGUUGUUACUAGUGUUGAUCAACCAGCCAUAGCUACUUCUACACACGAGAAGGCAUUGCCAAAAUAA